AUGUCACAAGUUUCACAGAAGGCGCUGUCAACAAGUCUAAGAAAUCUGUCUGGAGGUGAAUUUGAAUAAGUUGAAAUGAAAGAUUAGAAAUAGACAAUCUUGCCAGAAGACUUUAUACAUAAAAAUUUUUGCUAAUAAAUUCAUCUUCAUCAAAUUUUAGUAUUUUUAAUUGUUAAUAAUAGAGUUUUAUAGGAAAAGUUUCAAAUUUAAUAGAAUUUAAACAUAUUAAUUAUUAAUCUAUUGAAAAGGCUUACUAAUAAUCAAGUUUCCUUUAGAAGUUGCCAAUUUAGCUCUUCAUUCGAUACGUUAAUUUUUCCAAAUUUUUGAACAUAAAUAUGUAGACCAGACUUUCCUCCACCCAUAUUGUAUCAAUCUUCUGAAUGUUGAAAGUCUUUCCAUUUUUCAGGAUGUGAGUUUUAAUCUUUUAUUCAUUUUGAAGUUGGUAAAUUUAAAUUUGACCAUUUCUUAUGCUAUAUCUAGUAGGGAAGCUUUAAAUAUCUUAACGAACCACAGUUUUGUUACAUUUUAAAUUUUUUAUUUAGGCAACACAAAAAAUUCUUCUGCCUUUUGGUGA